CCGCGGGAUCGCACAGACAAGUGCGUUUCGGAUGGCCAAGCAGCACCCAGGAGACGAUUAGUGAUCGAGCAACCAUUUUCCGUAUAAAAAAAAGUGCGAUUUUUUUCCGGAGGGGAGCUUGUCCUUUUUUGACAGCUUCACACAAACUGUCACAUCAUGUUUUCCAGGCUGUAGUAAUAAGAAAAGAGAAGGACCGUCUUUCUUUUUUUUUUUUUUUUUAUUUCCCAGGCGCACAAAGUCACAUCUGCGCAGGGAAGCGCUUGGCGCACUUCUUCUUUCCUCCCCACAGGACAGAAACAGCGUCUCCUUUCCUUUUCCUUUCCUUUUUUCUGGUGUUGGAUUUAAACCGGACGGCCGGCUGAAUGGGUGACCUCCCCGCAGCCGAAGCGCAGACCAUCCCCAGGCUGAGCCCGCUCCAUGGACACGUUUUCCCCUGCUCAGAGCCGGAGUUGUGAUGUCCACAUUCCCCCUGCGCUGACUGACACCCGGCGUCGCAGCGUCUGAAUCCGGUUGAAGGCUGUGAGGACAGGGGGAGGAAGAUGAGACCUCCCAGCCCUCUCCUGAUCCUGCUCUACGUCACCCUGUCCAGGAGUGUCAAGGGGGUCUCCAAGCGAGGCUCAGUGGACGGCUGCACAGAUUGGUCGGUGGACUACCUGAAGUACCGGGUGCUGCAGGGCGAGCCGGUGCGGCUCAAGUGCGCCCUGUUCUACGGCUACAUCCGGGCCAACUACAGCCAGGCGCAGAGCGUGGGCCUCAGCCUCAUGUGGUACCGCAGCUCGGGCCUCGGCCACAGCGACUUCGAGGAGCCCAUCUCCUUCGACGGCGUGCGCAUGAGCAAGGAGGAAGACGCCAUCUGGUUCCGGCCGGCGGACCUCCAGGACGUGGGCCUCUACUCCUGCGUCUUACGGAACUCCACGUACUGCAUGAAGGUGUCCAUGUCUCUGACGGUGGCUGAAAACGACACGAACCUUUGUUACAAUUCCAACAUGAGAAGAACCGAGAAGGCUGAGCUCAGUAAGAGCAAAGAAAUCCUCUGUCCCGACAUCGACGACUACGCUGAACCUGGCAAAGAGCUGGACAUCACAUGGUACAAGGAGUGCCGUCCGAAGCAGUGGCGAGCCAGCAUCAUCCAGAAGAGAGACAUCCUGUCCAUUCAAGAAGUAAAGGAAGAUGAUAUUGGAAAUUACACUUGCGAAGUCCAAUUUGGAGGAUUUGUUGUCCGAAGGACGACUGAACUCACAGUUACCGCUCCUCUGACCGACAAGCCGCCGAAGAUCCUGUUUCCCACGGAGAACAAGAUUAGCAACAUGGAGCUGCAGCUAGGAAGCGCUUUGAACCUCACUUGCAGAGCGUUUUUUGGCUACAGCGGCGAUGUCAGUCCACUCGUCUACUGGAUGAAGGGAGAGAAGUUUAUAGAAGACCUGGAUGAAGAGAGAAUCCAAGAGAGCGACAUAAAAGUCGUCAAGGAGCAUCUCGGGGAACAAGAAGUGGCAAUUUCCCUGACUAUUAACUCUCUGGAGGAGGAGGACUUGGGAAAUUAUUCUUGUUACGUGGAGAAUGGUAACGGCCGUCGCCAAGCCACCAUUCAGCUGUUUAGGCAGGAGCUCAUGUACACCGUGGAGCUGGCAGGAGGGCUGGGUGCGAUCCUGUUGCUUCUCAUCUUCCUCAUCUCCCUCUACAAAUGCUACAAGAUCGAGAUGAUGCUUUUCUACAGGAGACACUUCGGCAGCGAAGACAUCGAUGGAGAGAACAAAGACUACGACGCCUACCUGUCCUACACCAAAGUGGACCCGGACCAGUGGAGCCAGGAGACCCGGGAGGAGGAGCGCUUCGCCCUGGAGAUCCUCCCCGACGUCCUGGAGAAACACUACGGCUACAAACUCUUCAUCCCGGACCGAGACCUCAUCCCCACCGGAAGUCUCACCACUGAGCAUUACCAGGAUGACACGCGGCUCUUUGGAGCGUACAUCGAGGACGUGGCCCGCUGCGUGGACCAGAGCAAGCGCCUCAUCAUCGUCAUGACGCCCAACUACGUGGUGCGUCGGGGCUGGAGCAUCUUCGAGCUGGAGACGCGGCUGCGCAACAUGCUGGUGACCGGCGAGAUCAAGGUGAUCCUGAUCGAGUGCGCCGAGCUGCGCGGCAUCAUGAACUACCAGGAGGUGGAGGCGCUCAAGCACACCAUCAAAACCCUCACCGUCAUCAAGUGGCGCGGCACCAAGAGCAACAAGCUCAGCUCCAAGUUCUGGAAGCAGCUGCAGUACGAGAUGCCGUUCAGGCGCACGGAGCCCAUGCUAACGCACGAGCCCGCGCUGGACGUCAGCGAGCAGGGCCCCUUCGGAGAGCUGCAGACCGUCUCGGCCAUCUCCAUGGCGGCCGCCACCUCCACCGCCAUGGCCACCGCGCACCCCGAGCUGCGCUCCACCUUCCACAACACCUACCACACCACCAUGAGGCAGAAACACUACUACCGCAGCUACGAGUACGACAUCCCCCCCGGCGGGACGCUGCCGGCCUUCUCCUCGCUGGGGAACCAACACACCUACUGCAACAUCCCGCUGACGCUGCUCAACGGCCAGAGGCCUCCCGGGAAGAGCCGGGAGCACAGCCUGGAGGAGGCCCACGCCAACAACGCCAUGCUGCCGCUGCUGCCCAGAGAAACCAGCAUCUCCAGCGUCAUCUGGUAGUGACGAGGAGGCUCAGUGUCGGCCGUAGAAAGCUCAGCCCAGGUCCGACCCGGCUCAGUCCGGCUGUCCUUAGGAAUGCAGGUGGACGCCGCGGCCACGUGGACGCCUGUUUAGAUCCACCCGGCUCUGGUCAUUGUUUCACGGACGGCGAGUACUGGGGGAGCCGGAGGCUCGUGGACGCAGACGCUGUCUUUCAGAAGGCUUCAUCUCUUUCCCGAGAGAAUCCCUUCUUCAUGAAACUUAAGGGGACUUAACGAAACAACGUUUGAUCAACUCACGCGACACGGACUCGCAAGAACUCCUGGAGAAGGACCGGACACAGGAAGAUGUGAACACACAUGCACACACACGCACACACACACAAACGCGCAAACAUUCAAACCAAGGAAAACAGGGUCUGUACAUAUAUUUCACUUUAUUUGUAGCAUCAGUGUUUUCCUGUUUUCUUCUUUCGUCUGUUUCACUCGGUCACAUCCGUUGCCUUCUGUAGGACUUUUGCUUUAACUUGUUAUAAAGUUGUAUAUUUUUCAUUGUUUUCUUUUUUCGGGUUUCUUUUUCUUCUUACUUUAACACGCUCGAUUGGAAAGCCAGUAUGUCACGUACCUGCGCCGUCGUGUUCUUUCGUUUGUUUCUAAAUUUGUAGUUUUAAGAAAAAACUUCUUUUUUUUUUUUAAACCUUCCUGAGUCGCCUGGACAUUUCAGGAGCUGUGAAGAGCUGAUUCUGUUUCUUUUUCUUCUUUUUUUUUACCUGUAAAAGGUGUAUCUAGUUUAAUAUGAAACUCUCUUAAAAUAAUAUGAAUAAUAAUAAUAAUAAUAAUGAAAUCAUAGAAUAUGCAAAAAGAAUGAAGAGCUAGCAAAAGCAGAGGCUGUUUGGGGCCGCGGGGUCUGGCCGCGCCCCACUCGGGGGCCCCGGUUCCGGCGGCAGAUCUCGCGCUCUCAAGCUUCAUCUGUUUUCUAUUCAGACAAACAGCGCGGCUGUUGUAGAGCGGUAGUGAAACGCCUCACCUUCAAAAGAAAUCUGUAGAUUAUUUUAAAAAAAGAAUUCUAUUUUUAUAACAGACAAGAGUUCGCUUGAGCGCUCAUUCUCGUUUGCAUCUCAUCCUGGGCGGGGCGGACGGAGGGGUGGCGCCGCGGCGCCCGCGCAACGGCGCAUGCGUGGGGGCGCCAGCGCCGGGGCUCGUGCACGUGCAGCGCGGUUCCUGGUGCGCUCAGACGUCUGAAUUGCACGUGACAGAAACGCGUCCUCUGCUGUCACGAGUUCAAAAAGUGAAACAUUUUUUGAAUGUUUUGGUUUUUAAAGCAUAUUAUUCUUCCCAUCCUAAUAAUUCAUUUGGUUCUUUUUGAUCAUGUUUAAGGAAAGAAAAGAAAAACAUUUGUGUUUCGAAAGACUUUUUAAAUAUAUUUGAAGGUGUGAUUUUUGAGUAUGC